CUACACAAUUAUUCAAUGAAAAUAUUUCUUCUUCACGGUAUCGGAGCCACAAAACCCUAAACCCUAACCUCCUCAACUCUCUCUCUCGGCCUUGCUCGCCGCCAGCCCCGCCUCCCCUCGGCGGCCUUCUCUCCCGGCGACGCUGCUUCCCUCCUGGCGGCCCUCUCUCUUCCCCUCUCUCCAUGGCCGAAAAUAGUGAGGUUAUUUCCCAAAAUAUGUCCUCCAAAACCCAUCAUCUUGCUCUCACAACUAUCUCCAAUGUGAGGCUACAUGUUCCUGUUCAACUCAGUCUCUCACAACCGAACUACAAAAAAUGGAGUCGUCUGUUCCUCCUCCUCGUUCGGAGAUUUUACCUUCAGGGAUACCUCGAUGGAUCCGUCGUCCCCCUCUCCGACGACGAUGACGAAUGGUGCCAACUCGAUGCCCUUCUCCAGGGUUGGAUUCUCUCCACCAUCACCGACGAAGUUUCAGAUCUGGUAAUCUCUUCUCUCACCACUGCUUCUGCUCUCUGGAAGGUCAUCCACGAUCUAUUUCACGACAACAAACAUGCCCGGGCCAUGCAGUUGGAGCAUGAAUUUCGCACCACUGUUAAGGGCUCCACCUCCAUGGCGGCCUAUUGUCAACAACUCCAAAAUCUUGCCGAUUGGUUAGAUGAUGUCGAUGCACCGGUCUCUCAGCACCAACUAGUCCUCCAGAUGCUCCGAGGGCUUCCCGCAGAUCUACAAGCUCAAACCUCGUUCAUGCAGUUUCAGGAUCCUAUGCCGAAUUUUCUUCAGAUGGCGCAACCGAAGAAAAAUUUCAAGAAUUUGAUCCCACUCCCCAUCCUCCUCUCUCUCUCCGCCCUCUUCCUCUUCACCUUCUCACCUUCCACGCCGUUCACCGCUCACCCCGCCGCCCAACCCAACCUCCAGACGUCCACCACCACCACCACCGCCGACAACAAGAACUUCACAUUCAUCAUCAAACUUCUCACUUACAACCGUCUCUCCUCACUCACUCGCUGUCUCAGCUCCCUUGCCGCCGCCCACUACGACGGCCACGCUGUCCACCUCCACAUCUUCAUCGAUCACUUCCCAGUUCCCCCGAACGGUUCCCUCUAUAUCGACCAGAAUCUCAAUUCUUCGAAGGGGAUACUGGAUUUUGUUGAUGGUUUUGCUUGGGAACUCGGCAGCAAAGUGGUGCUCUACAGGACUUCUAAUGCUGGUCUGCAGGCACAGUGGCUAGAGGCAUGGUGGCCUAGCUCAGACGAUGAGUUUGCCUUUGUGGUAGAGGAUGAUCUUGAGGUCUCGUCUUUGUACUUUCGUUUUCUGAAGAAUCUGAUUAUGCAUUAUUACUACAAUGCUUCGAAUUUCAGUCCGAUCAUUUUCGGGGCAUCCCUGCAGCGCCCGAGGUUUGUGCCAGGUAAGCAUGGAAACAAAAUGGAAGUAGAUAGUAGAACUCGGGUCUUUCUGUACCAGUUGGUUGGAACAUGGGGUCAACUUUUGUUUCCACGACCUUGGAAAGAGUUCCGUUUGUGGUAUGACACACACAAAUCCAAGGACAUUAAGCCUUUUCUCGAUGGGAUGGUUACAACCGGAUGGUACAAAAAGAUGGGAGAAAGAAUAUGGACUCCUUGGUUUAUUAAAUUCAUUCAUGCUCGUGGCUAUUUCAAUAUCUAUACAAACCUUUUGCAUGAAAGAGCACUCAGUGUCUCACAUCGUGAUGGUGGUGUAAACUAUGGGAAAUCAGCGGGACCAGAUUCUAAUUUAGUUAGUGAGAAUUCCAUUGAUGCCAAUCACUUGGAAUUGCACCCUUUGCAUAGCAUGAAUUGGUAUGAUUUCUGCUUCAAACGAGUUUUUCCUGAUAGGAUUGUACAGAAUUUCAAUGAACUUGGGUCCGUUCUCCCUUCUCUUCAGAAACUGAGUAACAUUAUACUUGUGAGCAUACAUCAGGAGCCAGAGUCUGUUGUAAGGAACUUGCUCUGCCAUUUUGAGAGACAACAUAUUCAGAACUACAUUUUAAUGGGCCCCAAAUCUGAUCUCUUACUUGAUCUUGCAAGAAGAGGGCACCCUGUGAUUGACUCCGGCAGAAUUUAUGACAACAUAAGAGCUUUUGACAAUUCUACCCUUGAGUUGAGUAAGGAAAUUUUUAUCAAGUCCUAUGUGGUUAGAAAAUUUUUGGAACAUGGAUUUAGUAUCAUUGUGACAGAUGUCAACCGGCUUCCCCUAAACAAUGAUUCCUACCUCAAUUUAUUUGAACUUGACAGAGCUUAUGACUUCUUCGUGGGAAAGAACUUUGAAUUAAUCCUUGUUAAGAGUUCCUCUUCUGCCUUGAAAACUUGGAAUGAUAAUGUCUUGACCGGGUUAGGCAAUGAUGUGAUUUCAACCUCAUCAAACAGUUCAGUUCCAACUGGGAAAGAUUUCGUCUACGUGGUUAAAAAGUUGUUUGAACAGAAAAGAGUAAAAUUCUACACCUUUGAUGAAAACAGCUCUAGUUUAAAUACCAAUUCCUUAAACGCUACCCAUAUGUCUAUACGAGAUGAUGCAAGAUUUGUGUUUUGGUCAUCGGAGGUGAGUUCAGAUCUGAUUCAGCAACAGCUUGUGCAUUUAGGUCUGUGGGUUGUUGAUUCUGAUAUGUCUUGCACUUCAAUCAUUUGCUACCCUUCAUAACAUGUGGUAGCAUUAGCACUAAGACAUCCUUUGGCGACUCCACGUCGUCCCACAUUUGUAAUGCACGCUCUAAAUGGCAAAAUGAUCAUUGAGUAUGGCGGCAACUGCCAAUUUGGUCACUAUGGAGUUUUGUGUGACAACUGUUAAUACAGUUUCAGGUUAUCAGUUGGCACAUUUAAAUGCGGGGCCCAACGGGGAAUUGAUGCACUGGUCUUGAUAUCUUCUUGGUCCUCAUCUAACAAUGCACUAUUGUUGUACUCUUUUUCUUAUUCUUUUGUGAUGGGAAUGCUUGAAUAACGGGUCAUUGAGUUUGUACUCGAUUUGUUUGUUUAUCAGGGGAGAUAGCGACCAUAAUUAUAAGAUUCCUGCAUCCAAGCAGGGAUAAUAAAAGUUUAGUCGUUUG